GCGCGGCAUGUCCCCUCCCGCGGGGUCCCGCGUGUGUCUCCACCCCCGGCCUGUGGCGGGGGACGCCCAGACCCGGCCGACCAGCUCGCCUGGUCCGCUGGUGUGCAGGCCGGGCCCAGGGCGCGGCCUGCCCCACGUCCCCGCCCUGCUCGGGGGUCUCGGACCUAAGGGGACGUCGAUGGGCCAUGGGACUCGGCCUGGCGGGCGCCGGCGGAACCGCCGCAGCUACUGAGUGACCGAUGCCUGCGUCCUUCCCUGGGGUGCUGGCCCAUGGGAAGAUUACCUCGCAGGACUCCCUUGCCCCGAGUGGUGAGCAGAUUGGGAUGGUCCCCCGGGAGGCCUCUGAGCCUGCCCAGUGCCUGUGUCUUUCGCUGGCCAGCCCCCUUGCCAAGGAUGUACUUCGGAGAAAGCACAAGAGGAAGAGCCGACAGCACGCGCGGUUCAUGGCCCGCAAGGCUUUGCUGCAGGAGCAGGGGCUACUGAGCACGCCCCCAGAGCCGGGACCCUCCCCACCGCCCAUGUCGUUAGAGGCACCGCCAGGCACUGAGGCCGCCAGCCGUGGGAGGCAGCGUCCACGGGCCGAAACCGGAAGUGCCGCAUGCAGCAGAAAGCCCACCCCCAGGGAAUCCACUGGGCCCCUGCCCGGCAAGUGCGUGGCUAUCGACUGCGAGAUGGUGGGCACGGGUCCUCGCGGGCGGGUGAGUGAGCUGGCCCGCUGCUCCGUGGUGAGUUACCACGGCGACGUCCUCUACGACAAGUACGUGCGCCCUGAGAUGCCCGUGGUGGACUACCGGACGCGCUGGAGCGGCAUCACUCGGCAGCACAUGCGCAAGGCCAUCCCCUUCCAGGUGGCCCAGAAAGAGAUCCUCAAGCUCCUGAAGGGCAAGGUGGUGGUGGGGCACGCCCUGCACAACGACUUCCGGGCUCUCAAGUACGUCCACCCUCGGAGCCAGACCCGGGACACCACUUCCGUCCCCAACCUCCUCAGCCAGCCCGGCCUCCAUACCCGGGCGCGGGUCUCUCUCAAGGAGCUGGCUCUGCAGCUGCUGCACAAGAGGAUCCAGGUGGGCCGGCACGGGCACUCGUCUGUGGAAGACGCCAUGACGGCCAUGGAACUCUACCGGCUGGUGGAGGUGCAGUGGGAACAGCGGGAGGCCGGCAGCCUCUGGACGCACCCGGAGGACAGAGAGCCUGACAGCAGCACGGACAUGGAGCAGUAUAUGGAGGACCAGUACUGGCCUGAGGACCUGGCCCAGGGCAGCAGCGGAGCAACAGGGCAGACGCAGGACAGGAGGGCGUGAGGGAGGCGAGGGUGUGGGGGGCCUCCCCGUGUGGAGAGUGGGGCCAGGAGCAUGCUGGGCGCUUCACCUGGACAGGGCAGGCUGCAGCCAGCUUCCCCCAGGGGCCGAGGAGCUGGGAUCAUCUGUCCUCUUUCCAGGGCUGUUGUCGGACCCCCACCCCCACCCCUGUGGUUUUGCUAGUGGCACUUUACAGAUGCCACAAAAAUGUCAGGUGGGCUACCUAUUAGGACCCCCGCAGGAGUCGGGUUUGCGCCAACAGACUGUCCCAGGCUGUCACUUCCUUACCCCCAAGCAGCGGUAUCUAAAGGGAUAAGACCUCCCUGGGAAGAGUGGGGUAUGGCUGUUACGCUCCCUUAGCUCCUGUUUUCUUUACCACCUACCUCUUCCUCCAGAGCCAUUGUCACGUUCAGAAUAAACGUGCCCUGAAUCUUUA